AUGCUACCGUACCUCUUCCCUGACCUUGCUGCCUUUCCCACAGUCGCUGAUCUCAUUACACACCUCCGCACUAGUGACACUCGCUACCGCGCUGCGCUUCCUACUGAGUUUUGCGCCAAGAACCCCCCCCCCAUGUACAUCACCCUCUACUACAUAGUCACCCGGCUCCCUGACUCGCUUCGCAUAGUCAGGGACCACUUCCUCUCCGUUUGCCCCACCACUCUCACCGUUGACCUCCUCGACAAGGGCCUCCUAGCAGCAGAGAAGAGCAUAUUCGCUGUAGGAGCCUCUCGUGGUGACCCUCGCACCCCCGUUUUUGAGGGUCGGUCGGCGCUGCGUCUGCCCCUAGCGGGAGACGCCGCACCGGCAAGGGCAUGUGGGGCAAGGGCGCUAAAGGGGCUGGCGGGGGCGGUGGAGGUGGUGGUGGAGGCAGUGGAGGGGGUGCGGGUGGUGGUGGGAGUGGUGGCGGGGGUGGCCGCGGCGGCGGCAUCAGUGGAGGCGGAGGAGGUGGCGGUGGCGGCGGAGGGAGCGGAGGUGGCAGAGGAGACAGAGGUGGAGGACGCGGUAGAGGCGGCGGCGGCAGUGGUGGACCUAGUCGCGGCUCUACGCAGAGGAGUGGCUCCGGUGGUGGUUCGCGCCAGCAGUAGCAGAGCAGUCAUGAGACCCUGUCCCCUCAGCAGCUACGUGAGUGGUACGCUGCGCGUCAGCGCGGUGGGGGUACGGGUCCCUGCACCUACGGCGGGGGUUGCUAUCUUUGAUCUUGACUUUGAUGCUAUUCUUGCUGCCAUGUAUGCUGUUGAUGAUAGUGUUGUGGGUGACUGUUACCUGUGUGUACCGCUUGACCCGGGCAUUGAGGCUACUGCUCCAGGUGCUGGUGAGGCUGCAGCUCUCGGUGCUAGUGCGUCUGCUGCCCAUGGUGCUGGUGAGUCUGCGCUCUCAGACCGCACCACUCUUACGCCGCUCAGUCGGCCGGAUGCAGUCUCCCUCGCGGACCCCUCUGGGGGUCCUUUCCUUGCUAGCUUCUCCACUGUCUUACCACUCUCCUUUGGCACCACCGCCUUGGUCACCCCUCCCUGCCUCGUCUCUGAGGCAUGGCCUCCCGUGUCCUUGUCUCUGGUCUCCCUCGGUCUCUCCCUCCCCUACCUCCGAGGCGUGGCCCUACCUGCGUCCCCUGCGUCGAGGGGCGACAGCGCGCCGCCCCUCACUCCUCUGAGUUUCCUCCGACAGAGGCUCCGCUGCAGACUCUCCACAUGGAUGGUGGGGCCCCGCCGCGUUAGUGGGCGGGUAGUGGGCGGGGCGUGGCGGUACUUCCUGCUGGUGUUUGACGACUACUCGCAUUACACCACAGUCUUCCCCUUGCGCAGCAAGGGUGAUGUCACUGAGGUAGGCGGGGAGCUUUCCUCUGCGCGUCUGGGAGCCUUCUGUCGUGCACAAGGCAUCCGCCAGACCUUCACGAUUCCGGCCUCUCCACAGCAAAAUGGGAUUGCUGAGCACCGCAUUGGCAUGGUCAUGGACGUCGCUCGUACGUCCAUGAUGCAUGCGGCUGCCCCCCAUUUUCUGUGGCCGUUAGCGGUUCAGUACGCCGCGCAUCAGCUCAACCUUCAGCCCCGGGUCUCCCUGCCAGAGACCUCCCCCGCCUUGCGGUGGACUGAGAAGGUUGGCGAUGCGUCUGCGUUUUGGGUCUGGGGAUCUCGGGCGUUUGUCCGCGACUUGUCUGCGGACAAGCUGUCCCCCCGUGCUGUUCCCUGCGUCUUCCUUGGCUUCCCCCCUGACCCGCCUGGGUGGCAGUUUUACCACCCCACCUCGCGACGUCCUCCCCCGGUAAACCCCCUCCCGCGUCAAGGUCGUGCCCCGUUAGGUGUGUCCAAGGUAGACGCAAUCGAGCCUGUCGAGGUAGCUGUUGACUCUGGUGCUGCUAGAGGUACUGAGCCUGCAGGUGCCGGGUCUGGAGGUGCUGAGUCUGGGGGUGCUGAGACUGGGGGUGCUGAGCCUGGGGCUGCUGGGUCGUGGGUUGCUGAGACCGGGGGUGCUGAGCCAGGGGGUGCUCGGUCUAGGGGUGCCGAGCCUGGGAGCGCUGGGUCUGCUCGUGUGGCCGUCGGCGGUGCUUCGUCGAGCCGGGAGCCACUUUCUCCACAAGAGCUGCGCGAGUGGUUUGCCCGCUGCUUGAGACAUGCUGCUGCGAUUGGGGGUGCAGCUGGGGCUACUGCUGGAACUGGUGGCGGUAGGCUGCUGGAGCUGACGGUCCUACUGGAGUUGGUGCUGCUGGAGCUGGAGCUGUUGGGCGUGUUGGCGCUGGUGGUGCUGCUGGCGCUGGUGCUUUUGAGGGUGGUUGAGUUGGCGCUGGUGGAGCUGGAGGUGCUGCUGGCGCUGGUGCUCCGCUGCAGGUAG